CUCAGGUAAACAGUCGCCAUAUUGGAAAGAAAUUUUGCCAAAGCAGACGAGAUGUAAUUUUUUAUUGCAGAUUUGGCAAUAUCCAGCCAAAUGUCGUCGGCAUUGGCCAAGUUUAGAAAAUCUAAUAAGGAUGGUGACAUCAAGAAAGCCGCGCAAAAGGUGUCAGAUCCAAAGAAGGAUACGCUAACUCGGCUAAAACAUUUGCGGACAGUUCUGGAAAAUUAUGAAACAGCUGAGGCAAAGAAGUUUUUUGAGGAAAAUUAUUCACAUAUAUACUAUAUCUUCUUUGACAACUUUGUAAUAGUAGAGGCAGAUCUUAAACAAAGAGCAAACAAGUCUCAUAGGGAAGAGCUAGACAAUAUCUUAAAUAUAUUCGAGAAAAUACUACUGUUGUUGCCAGAACUAGUUCACAAAAGAUGGAUGUUUCACAGUAUUGGGCGGAUAAUGAAAAAGUUAUUACAUCCUGGAAAUGGACUAAAGCUAAGAAGAGAUGGAAUGAGGCUGUUUUUGAUCUGGUACCAAAUAUUACAAGAUAAUGCAUCUGAUGAGUGCCAUCAGAUCUUCCUACAACUGGUACCUGGCCUUGGAAAGGGAGAGCAACAAGACAUACUGUAUGGCAAAACAGCUAAUACCCCUGACAUAAGAGCUUCUAGUACAAGUUUGUCAAGUUCAUCUUAUGGCGGGAUUAUAGCAGCCGGGGAGAUAACUCCCAUACUACCUGUGCCUGGGGAGAAGCAACCUGACAAUAUCACAAAGUUCUUCUUUGAUGCAUUGCUACAGUUUAUGGUGUCUGAGGUGAUCAAAAUUGAAUGGAUGAACAAAGAUAUGAGAGAAAUCUGUUUUGUCUUUCUUUUCAACAAGUUUAAGCACUCAUAUUUGAAAUGGCUUCUACCAGAUUUUGACAAGACAAGAACCAUAUAUGAUCCCGUACUUGAUUUGCCAUGUGUAAGGGUUCCUGCUGACACACUUUCUACAGAUGAACCAGAAAAUGUGUCUGAAUGUAGAGACUCAUUUAUUCGCUGGUUGACAACUUUUACAAUAACUUCGAACAAAAAACCUGAAGGAGAAGUGUUAAAAGGUAUCUCCUGCUCAGCACUGGCAGAAGGUGAUGAAGAUGAUGUUAAAACUAAGAAAGAUGUUUCAGAGAGCAGAGAAGAGAACCAAGAUCAAGCCCCUGGCAGUAACACUAGCACAUUAUCUGCCAGCUCUCAAAUCUUUGAGAAAGACUCACCAAAUUCAAGCUUCUGUAAUGAAGAACAUAGUACUUCUGAAUACGAGAUUGUGAGGUCUGUGAUGUACUCGACUAGAGAAAACAUAAAUAUUGUUCAUGAGAUAUUCAGACAGGCACUUUUAUUCUCAUUCAAGCACGGAGGAGCUAUACGACGUGUGAUAGCAGUUUACAAAGACUGGUUUCAGAAUGAUAGCGAUAACAAGCCUGUGUUCAUGAUGGAACCCAGUGACUCGGGUCUUCCCCUCGGGCUGCUGCCUGAUUUAUCACAUAGCCUCUCUGAUAUCCUAGAGGAAGAUGGUUCAACUGAUUCUAUGGAAUCUGCGCCAAAUUCAAUUCCUCUGCAAAUGUCUCGUGAUUCUGGGGACUUGAAGACUUGGUUACGAAAUGCUUCAUACCUUGGUGCUAUUCAGGACUUGGCUGAUGGUGGGGACUUGACCCAGUAUGACAUACGAGCCGGUCAACAGAAACUGAUCCAGAUAUGUGUAACAAAUGCUGCCAAUAUUUUCCUGCUUCAAGCUGACAGUGAUAGUGCAUUACAAGAGCAGGUUGAUUUAUGCAAGAGAGUGCUGAAUAUAUAUCGACAGAUGGUCAUGAAAAUAAACAUGGAUCAGAAGACAUGGGAGCAGAUGUUGAGAGUGCUGUUGUGUAUAACAUUAGGCGUACAAAGUCAGUAUCCACCAGAAAGUAACAGAGGUCUUGGAAGAAAACUUGCACAGCCAAUCUUUCAGACUUUAAUAGUUACCUGGAUAAAAGCUAACCUGAAUGUGUACAUCAACAUUGAGCUGUGGGAUCAGUUUCUGAAGGUGUUAUCCUCACUGACAUCAUGGGCAGAGCUUAUCAAGGAAUGGGCUAAAACAAUGGAGACAUUGACAAGAGUGUUGGCAAAGCAAGUAUACAACCUCGAUCUUCUGGAUCUGCCACUUGAAAGACUAAGUGAACAAAAGGAGAAAAGAAGAAGGGGUAAAAGUCAAGAUGCUCCGAAGACAAAGUUAGAUGACCACAGUUUUUCUCGCGCAUGGAGUAAGAGUGAGAGUGUGGAACGUCCAGCCAGUGGUAGUAUGUCACACUCAUUGGCUUUUGAACGAUCACAAGGCAAAUACAAAAGUGAUGGUGCUGGUGGAAGUAAGUCAAGACCAGAUUUAGGCAAACAGAAGUCCUUGAGUGGCACACCAUCACCAUGUCACUCAAGAUCUGCCUCGGCUUCUUCAGAUCUGGCUAUGCUUGUACGAAGUAGCAGUGAAGGAAAUCUGGCUGACCCAGCAGAACUUGCAGAGAGGCUGAAACAAG